UUUAGUUUUAGGUAGAGAUAUUCCAGACAAUAUGGGAAAAUCCUUCGUUUUAGGAUUCAUGGAAGCCUCGGUAGCACAAACUGGAAAUCCUUCAAAACUACCAAUAAAAUUAUUUAUUACAACCUCUUCUCCAGUUUCCGUGAAGGUCUCAAUUACAGCUCCACUGGCAAAAACUUUAUACCGCGGCGAAAACAUUACAGUGAAGAGAGGGGCUGUUAUGGAGGUAACACUACCAAAAACUCUCAGAAAUUUAGGGGCAGUCAGAUCAAAUAACGCCGUCUUUAUCGCUUCCUCAGAUGAAAUUGCCGUGUUUGGAAUAAAUGAGGCACACCAAUCAACUGAUGGAUUCCUUGGUUUGCCCGUUGAUGUUUUGGGGAUGCAAUAUUAUGUGCCAUCCUUCUAUUCUAACUCUCAAAAUUUCUAUAAAUCUGCAAUACUCCUUGUAGGAACAAACGACAGAACAAUGAUUAUUAUUCAGAUAAAAAUAAGCAAUGGUAAUAGUGUAUACCUUGAAACGAAACAUUAUCGAAAUGGCGACUGGCUAAACACUACAAUAAACAGGUAUGAAGUAAUACAACUCCAUUGUCGAGGUGACUUGACAGGGACCUUUGUUCAGUCUUCACAUAAAAUAUCUGUUUUUGGAGGAGCUACUGUCACAAGCAUUGGAGUAGGAAAAACAAGAGAUCACAUUGAGGAGCAAAUACCUCCACUGAAUGUUUGGGGCAAACAUUUUGCAGUGAGUCCAAUUCCUGAUACAAAUCCAAAUCUGUUAAGAAUAUUGGCUAGUGCAAAUGGCACAACAGUUUCUGUAAAUAGUAUGACGCAUAAUUUGGAAUCUGGAGAGUUUUACGACACGCUUGUUCAAACCGCUUUUCUAGUAUCUUCUAACAAACCUAUCUUAACAAUUCAGUAUGUACCCAGUGGUUCUAAUGGUCAUGAAGGGGAUCCGGCUAUGACUCUUGUCCCACCAAUAGAGCAAAGCAAUGUGUUUUACUCUUUUUUGACACCAAUGUCAUCUACAAACACCAACUUUACUAACAUAUUUAUGUUUAUAAUGGAAGGUUCGUCAUACAAUCAUUUAUUGCUUGAUAAUAAACCCCUUCAGCAGCAGGAUUUUUUAAAUAUUGUUUAUAGUGCCAAUGUCACGACAGGAUACAUAAAACUCUCACCAGGAAGUCAUACUUUAGAACAUUCCUCGGGAAUUGUACCGUUUGGUGGAAUCUUGUAUGGAGGGAUGAUGCAUGAAUCAUAUGCUUAUCCUAUUGGUCAAAGAUUGACACCAAUGUAUAAGGAUUGUAUUUUGACAUCAAUGGAGGUUGGAGAUGGACUUGACAAUGAUUGUGAUGGAAAAGUAGAUGAAGAAAGUUGUGGAGACUUCACAGAUAAUGAUGGAGAUGGGAUCAUAGAUGAAGACUGUAUUGAAGAAACCAAAAGUACUCAUAACCUCCUGGACACCACCGACUCAACAACAGAAACAGCAAUAACUGCAAGAUUUAUGAGAACCAAACGAAGUACAACGACCCAAUUCUCAAACACUGUCAACAUUCCAAGAACCUCGGGUGUAUCAACAAUGGCUACCACUAAGAUUUCCGACAUCCAUGUACAACAAAAAACGACUACUACCACCAGACUACCUCAAACCAAGGCUGGAUCUACAUCCACUAUCAUUACAAGCAUCGUAAACAAUAAGAAAAUGACAUUUGAUACGAUUACCAAACCAAACACAACAAUGAAAACGACGACAAGAAAAAUACCAACACAUAUUAUAGGAAAGGGCCCAUAUACGUUCAAAGACCUCCGGACUCAAGAAUGGUUGAUCUACGCUGAAUACGCCAUUGUUGGCACAGUGACUCUAAUUAUCAUCGGUGCACUUGGAAUCUGCUGCAAAAAAUGUUGCAUACUUUUAAAACGAGAAGAUGAUGAUGACGAUAAUGAAGAUACCAAUCUAAACAAUCGAAAAUCAUAUUUUAAAAAGAGACAACUUUUCAUGAGUAAUUCCGUUCGAUCAGUGCAUUGGUAGAUCCUGUUAAACGCAUCAGCUGCAUCACCUGCUUGGAAAUACUCAAGUAGGGUAUAUCCACAGAACCCGAGAGGACAAGAUAUAUCAGUAGGUCAAAGACGCCUAUUUGGUUUGGGUUUUCAAAAACAAUUAAGUGAAAAAAAAUCAUGAUUAAACCAUGCAUAAUUACAUGGACUUACUAUUAUUUCACUUCUAAGAAUAUAUCUAAAAUUAUACUUUAGACAUUUCCUCGACUCGUUUUAUGUGAUUUGAAAUAUUAUAUUUAACUUCAUAUGUAAAAUAAUAAAAAAAAUUA